CUGCAAAUUUACCCCCGUAGCCGCCGGUGCCCUGGACCCCCCCCCGUCCUCCCUCGUCUACCUGUCCUGGUGGUGGUGUGUUGGUCGGGGUAUAUAUAGCUGGUCUCACCAACUCGCCCCACAUCCUCAGCUGAUCCUCACACCAACAACAUGAAGCUCGUAGUAUUCGCCCUCCUGGUCACCCUAGCUGCCGCCGCCCCUCGCCCAGAUAAGGACGCAGAGACCGUGGUGGACGAGCGUCAGGACAGUGGUGACGGCAACUUCAACUACCGAUUUGAAACCAGCAAUGGAAUCAAAGAGGAUCGAACCGGCACUCCAGGGUCUGAGGGCCAGAGCAACAUGCAAGGUUCCUUCAGCUUCACUCUCGCUGACGGCACCGUCGCGGAAGUAACUUUCGUCGCCGAUGAGACAGGCUUCAAUCCUAAGUCUCCACUGCUGCCCAUCGCUCACCCUCUCCCUCCCCACGCACUCGAGCAGAUCGCCUUCGCCGAGGAACAGCGAGCUAAGGGUGUUGUCUUCGAGAAAUAAGGUGGACACUGACUGUUUCAACGAAUAUAUCAUCCAGUGAUCUUCUUCUCACAUAAUUCACUCUCAGCCACAGCCAAGGAAUGCCUUCCAGACCACCAUUAUCCUAGACACAAUCUGUUGUUAUUAUAAAUAUUCAAUAAAUAAUGUUCCAGCA